AACGUCACAGUAACUUUUGCAAGACCGACCCGGUGCUAUAGAACCUACAUCCUUCGGUCCAUUCGCGGCAUUCACCCAAACUCGACCCGACCUGUUGCAUCCCCACACCCCCUAUCUCUCCAAUAAUCCAGCUCAUGCCUUACAGCCUGAGAACCCGGAAGGUCAAGGAGGACGCCCAGGUCCUCCACAAGGGCGUCGUCAACGAAAUCAACACCUUGGGGGACAAUGUCAAGUCCCGAGUCAGCAAGCGAGCCAGCCCCAAGACAGCUGCUCCGAAGGAAGGCAAGCCUGCGAAAGAACAUGCGUCUCUGAGUAAAGUGCAGGGCGCCCGUGUCAAGAAAGCGGCCUCUGGAACCAAGAGCGCGGGCAGCAAGCAGUUGCCCGAGAAGCUACACUCGCGGGUCAUGAAGCAAAUCCAGCAGCUGUCUGAGACCAAGCCCUCGAUGGUGGUCCAGAAGCAAAAGAUCCUGCAAGGCCAUGCGGCGGUGGUGGCCCAGGUCAACAAACGCGGCAUCAACGCAGCCAUCCAGCAGCUGGGCUCGAAUCCCAUCAAGCGGGUUGCCAAGAACUAUCUCAAGCUGGGGGUGUCUGCCGGUAGCGGCAUCGCCAAGAGAAGACCGCCUGUGCACCACCGCUUCCCGGCCAAGGUGACCGAAGGCUCGAUUGACGCGCAGAAAAAGAUCCUCUUUGGCGAGCUCCAGCGGCUUGCCAGCGACGGCACUCCGAGCGAAAUCGUUGCCAAGAGGAAUGUUGCCGAGGCCAAGAAGGCCGUCAACGCGCAGGUGGGCUGGGUGUUGAUGUGCGAGAUGGCUGGGCAGCGCGACUUGGAUUUGGAUAUAUGGUGGGGUGGGAUCGUCAUGCUGGACUUGACAGGACCGUCGACGACGCUGCUUGCUGACGCAGAUGGCUAUGCGGAUGACGUGGAGGCAGAUCUUGAAGCGCGCCGUCAACUCGGAAAUCAGCAAGCGCGCGGCAAAGUGAGGCGGCACCGCUGCUCACUCAGGAACAGGGUAGGUGCAUAUCGGGUUGCUGGACCGGUGGUCUGAGGCCCAAGAGAACAUGGCGGAUCGAGCACAGCAUGCGACAUGGGCUGGGAGAAGGCCAUGGGACCAAGCCAGGGAUACGGCGCCGGCAGCGCAGCGGGGCCAUGAGCGAUUGCUGUCCGCAGCCAUCCCCGGAUAUCCCCGGA